AUGUUACCGUUUUUUUUCGUAACUAUUGUGUUACUAUCGGUGAAAAUAGACGGUCGAAUUCUACUGUACAAUACGGAAAACGACGAAAUAGUAGAAAAAUUUGAUUGUGUUUACUAUGUUUCUACUUUUGGAGAAGAAAUUUUGUAUUGUCGACGGCCGAGCACCGUUCAAUCACUCGAUCGACAAAGGGAUGAUUGUGACAAUCAAGGGGAGAAGGUAUUAUUUCGUGAUUUAUUAUACAGGGGAAUCGAUCCAAGCAUUGUCCUUGAAUGGAAUUCAAGUAUUGAAGUGGUCGAUUUGUAUGCAGAAGUUUUCUACAAUCGAUCAUUGUUUAAUAAUGAUGAUAAUAGAUCAAUCUGCAUCUGUAGAAACGGAAAAUUUGGUAAAUAUUGCGAAUAUCAGCUGACACAUGAUAAAAAUUUGUUUUCUGAGACGAUCGAUGCUCAAUUUGAAGGAAAGAGAGAUACAUGGAACGUUCAGCGAUAUGGAGCCAUCCUUUGUUAUCAAACAUUGCCUUGUCCAUCGAGUCCACUUUGUCUCGAUUGGCGAGAAAUUUGUGAUGGAAAGCAAAGAUGUCCAAACGGAAUUGAUGAAGAAAAUUGUGAUAAAUUAGCAUUCAAUGAAUGUGAAGAUGAUGCAUUUCGAUGUACAAAUGGAAUGUGCAUUGCAGAAGUCAUUAUGAUUGUAUGGAUUGGAGAUUGGUGCUGGUUGAAACCGGAUGCCAUCAAUUGUGAUGAACAUUUAUGUUUACAUCCUCUUUAUUAA